CAUUUAUUUGCUCCUUAAACAGGAGGGGAUUCUUCUUCGUCUCCCUUUGCUUCUUCCGUUGCAAUUCCAUUCUCCUCUCUCUCCUGCUUCUCUCUCUCCUCCUCUUCUUCACCUCCUCUUGUCUGUCCAUAGAUCGAGCCGCUCAGACCAAAUCUUGGAUGCGUUCUCUCUUCUUUCUCGCUGCGAGGGAGGCGGGUUGUUCGAUCUGCGGGUGAAAUCGAGCGAGAGGUGUGAUUUUUGUUUCUCUUGUUUGUUUCUUGAAGUUGAAAUCUUGUCCGUGUUUGUUUGUUUUUUUUUGUUUUCCCUCUUCGUAAUCAUCCGGUCGCGAGGAGAUUUACUUUGGUUUGUUCGCCGAUUUGCUUCCAGAUCCCUAGACCUCCCCCUACUUCUCUGUAGCUGUACAUAUUUCAAGAGAGGAAAUUUUGGGCUGGUUUCUGAUACGGUUCGAGAAGAUUUUUGGCAAUUUCUUCGGAUUUUCCUCCCCUUGUGGGUUCCUUGGUUCAUUGAGAAGAAUCAAAUGGGUGAUGUGUCAGUCAAUCGACCGAUCAAGGCGGAGCCAGCUGCAGGCGGCAUUGCUCAGGGCAAUCGAAUCCUGGACAUGAUGUCGUCAGGGUGGACAGAUGAGCGGCACAUGCAUUAUAUAAGCUCAAUGGAGGCUUCUUUCGUUGAGCAACUCUACAAUCACGAACAAAAUGAUGCUGGCAACGGAUUCAAGGUUCUCCGUGGUGGGGUGUGGGAGAAACUCAAAUUUGAUCGGACCAGUGCUUGCUCACGGAUCGGGAGAAAAUACUGCCUGCCCGCAAGCCCCUGGAUCCAGCAUUUCAGGCCGCGCGAAUGCAGUAGCAAUGCAAGGAAUGAUGCGGCGGAGGCUUUAGUGGGUGAUCAUGAAUCUGGUAUUCAGACUAUCCAAGGGAGGACUCCGUUGUCACAUGGAAGGGAGUGGGAGGCUUGCAAGGAAGAAAAAGCUGUUGGUGAAAGUACAGAGGUCUCUGAUCAGAAUUUUGCUGAUGAUGAGGCGGAGGUUGAUGCAGAAUCAAGCAAAGCAUGCAAGAGAAGGAAGUUAAGAAGUGCUCUUACACGGAAUUACCAAGUUGUUCCAUCUGACAAACUGUUUGCUUCCACAAAAGCUGAUGGAAGGAAAGAUGCUCCAGAGUAAGGCAUGCAAGAGUGGAUCUGGUUGAAUAUGCAGUCAAUGAGAACUGGAUGAGUUAGUAUUGGCGAUUUAGUAGUAUAGUUCUGAACUCUGUAGAGUCUGUCUUGGUAGAAGAAUAAUAGGAUCGAUCACUCACAACAUGGUAGAUUUAUUGUUUGAUCAUAUUGUUGUAAUGGUUUUUUUUGUGUGUGUUGCUGUGUUCUGGCAACUGUUUGUUUGCAAUGUGAGUAAUAUGUUUAUGUUUGCCACAAGAUGAGAAUGAUGCAAAGCCCAUCAUUCCUUUUGCCAUAAUUCCAUUGUACAUACAUGUACUCCCAUCAUGAUAUUGAGAAUGAAAGAUCACCAAUUUUGCAGAAUGAUAUCCAACAUC